AUAAUUACACGCGUGUCAUGUCCAAUCAGAAUUGACUCGGUUAAAAUUGAUCAAAAUGACCAAGGAUGCAAAUGGACUAAAUUAUAGGGUCAAAAUUGUAGUUUUUGUACUUAUGCGUCAAAAUUUCAAGUUUUUGAAAGUUAGGGGAAAAAUGCACAUUAGCCUAGAAUAAAUUACCAAAAACCCACACAAGUCCCAAACCCUCUUCCCUCUCGACUCUCCUCUCCGUCUCCGCCUUUCACGCGCCGCCUGUCCUCCCUUCCCUUUCUAGUCUCCCGCAGCUCCUUCCUCUUCUCUCUCUGUUAGGAUGGUUGACACUAGAUAUAAUUAUGUGCAUGAUCAGAAAUAUCCAUCUGAAGAUGUUGACAUACAUCAUAUAGUUUUGAGGAGCAAUGGUGGGAAAUACUUUUUUGUGUAUGCUUCAGCACUUAUUGUAUUAGCAUGUGGCAUCUAUUUGUAUCUUCUUGAGGAGAAAUCGAUUAGCCUUGUGUAUUACAGCUUGCUUUUUGACAUAUUUCUUGUCAAGUUGUUACUUCGCUUGCCGGUUAUUAAAGAGUCUGUUGUGAUUAUGCCAGCUUUUGGAGUACAGCUUGAGACUCACUAUAUGAGUGGAAAAGUCACCAGACGCUUUGUUCCCAUUGAUAGGAUUCUAAAACCUGUUUUACUAGAAUGUGUGACUCCAGUGACUUGCUACUGGACUCUAUCCUUGAUUGUUCGUGAGGAAUCAGAAAUGGUGUUAGUUUACAAGAACUUGCGACCACCAGUUAAAAUGCUGGUUCAUGUCUGGAAGGCUUUGUGUGCUGCCACUGAUAAUAAAGGCGAAACUUGUAUACAUGCCAAGUAGGUGAUGGAUAGGUAUGAGUUCCUUAAUACUCUUGGAUUCACAAGAAAAAACGACUGCUAUGACUAUACCGGUUCUGGACCCACUGAAAUAAUAGUUUGGAAGGGAUUGGCCGAUUUACUAUAGAACUACCAGUGCAAGUGCUUUCUCAUUGCUCAAGAAAUUAGUGCAUAGGCUCUCAGUUUCAAGUUUCAAACUUUCGGUUUCUCCAACUCAGUCUCAACCUUCUCAUCAUGGGAUCCAACCCAUUAGGGUAAAACCCUGCACUGCUAGUCCAGGUAUGAUCAUAGGUAAUUACAGGCAAAGUUGAGCAGAUAUGAGUGUGGAUGCUGGAUAUGGGUACUGUUGGAGUAGUAUUCUCAUAAGCUGGUUGUUGCAGUCUACUUCGAAAUUCAAAUUGUAAAUCUAAUCUAAGAUGUUUGUUGUAACGAACUCUUCUCAACCUUCUAUUGUAUCUAUAUAUCAUAUGAUAUUGUACUCCGAACUUUCAUUAAUGAAUUCAAUCAUAAAUUCAAAUUUA